AUGGGGACAGUGGUGAUAUUGAGUGCAGUAGAAGAAGAAUACUUAGACACAGAUGAUAUGCUUGUGGAAUAUUUUAAUGAAUUUUUGAGUCUUCCGACUUUUGCCCAGCCAGUUAAAUUUAACCCUGAAUUCAGGGUUUUUGAAGUAGUUAAUGAUGCUCCACAACUCCUGGAAAACCAGCUGAAAAAAAUUCUACGUGAUCAGACACCUCCAAAGCCCAUUUAUGAUGUUCUAAGGAGAGCAAAGAAUGAUGGGCAGCUCUCCAAAAUGCGCAGCACUUCUCCAGCCCUCAAUAUUGAUCCAAAUUACAACACUAUGUGUCUUGAUCGAGCACAAGCAAUUCAGUGGAUUAAGAAAGAAAGGCUUCCAGCAUUUCUAGAAAGUGACUGUUACUUUGAAUACAGGCUAGCUAAAUUGGUAUCACAGGUAGAAUGGAGCAAGACUGGGAUUAAUUUUAUUAUAGAUAGUGACUUUUAUCCCUGGAUAAAGAAGAGAGAUCCAAGUUCACCCUCUCCUGAGGAGGAUGACACUUCAUUGAUGAUGAAGCCUGGCCAGGCUACGGUUUCUCAGACAGAGGAUUUGUCUACAUUGGCAAAACAAGGGGAAUUAAUGAAUACUACAGAUUCAUCUAUGCAUCCUGUAGCUUCUAGUCAAAUUCAAGACACUCAGUGUUUGCCCGGGCAGCAUGAAAGAGAUGAUUCAUUAAGCAAAGAAGAUACCCUUCUGGGUAAGCCAGCUUCAGCAAAAGCCAGCAUUAAAAGGGAGAUAUCCAGAGAGGCUGAUGAGGCUUCUUAUGUAGCCAUUGCUGAACCUCCUUCCCACACUCAGUUAAGAGUUUAUCUAGACCCAAAAUGGGACAGUAUAGAAAAAGAAGAAGAUGAACUGGGAAGUGCAGCUUUUCAGACACUAGAAGAAUUUGUACCGGCCUCUACUCAAUUUGUAACCAAGGAACCCAUUUCAGAACUGACCCACCAGCCAGCUGCUGAUAUUGAGAGUGAUGUGGAUCUCCAAAAACAUGAGUUAGCAAAUAAUGAAUUUGUCUCAGACUCCAAAGGAGAUGUAAAAAAAAAAGAUCCUGAAGAAAUAAGCUUAAGCUCAAGUUCUGAAAGUGAUGGUGCAGACAUUAGGGCUGCCUGGUGCAUUAGUCACGGGACUUACGAUACUGGCAACAGACGAGAGUUUGAAAGAUUCAAGAAGUUCAUUAAAGGAACACUUGGGGAGAGGUACUGGUGGCUCUGGAUGGAUAUUGAAAGACUUAAAACUCUUCAGGUCACUACAAGACAGCAAAGGCAACUCAGUAAGAUGAAAAAACUCUAUUUGCUGAGCAGUGGAGACUAUUUCCUCAGUUCAGAAGUGUUACUCAGACUUGAUCUGCAGCAUGGAGAUCAGUGGAAUACAAAGCAUUUAAGACGGAUUCAGCCUGAAGUAGUGAAACCUCUACUUCUUUACUGGGGUCCAAGAUUUUGUGUCACUCAUUCCACAGCAAUAGACACUGCCAGUGCAAAACUGAAGUUCUGGCACACAUGCCAACAGAGACCAAAGGUGGAUGUUGAUCCUUUUCCACAAAUGGUAUCAUUGCUACCAUUGACACCUAAGUCUGGCAUACCUAGGAUACAACCUUCCCUUUCUCAGGGGAAAAGUGCUGCUGGCAGUGUUGUCUUAGGAGAAUCAAGAAUGGAAAGCAUGCUGCAAUCUCUUUAUUUGGAAAACAGAGCAGGCUACUACUUCACACACUUCUGUGAGAAGUCAGGGAAUAAGUUGUGGAAGAACAGUGUGUACUUUUGGUUUGACCUACAAGCUUAUCAUCAGCUUUUCUACCAAGAAACUCUUCACCCUUUUAAGAUAUGCAAGCAAGCUCAAUACCUUUAUGCAACUUACAUUGCUCCAUCUGCCAGUAUGGACAUUGGACUUGAUCAGAGUAAGAAAAAUAUGAUUUAUCAGAAAAUUGACCCAGCUUUUGAGGAUCUUUUUGACCCAGCAGAAGAAUAUAUCCUCACUGUUCUGCUAGAACCAUGGAUGAAGAUGAUGGAAGCAGACAAAUACACUUAUGGAAAGGUGGAGUUGGUGGAAGAAACUCGACAGCUGGACUCCGUGUACUUUAGAAAGCUCCAGGCUUUGCAUCAAGAGAGUGGUUCCAAGAAGGAUGAGAGUACUGCUGCUGACACUGGUCUGCCAUCCCACCUCGGUGCUCUCAAAGAAGAUCAGCGCUUCUCUCAAGUUCCCAAAGAACUGGCAGGACCUGAUCUAUCUGACCUGAUCCAUGACAAAGAGAUGUUAGAACAGUUCUGGGCUUUUCUUAAUGAGCAUUCUGCUGGCAUGGAUCUCAUGUGCUGGCUAGAUAUUGAACAGCUCAGAAAGAUGCUCCACAAGGACAAAGAAAAAAUGGAGGAAAAAUCUAAGGACAUUGGAAACAAGUACUUUAACAAAAACUACUUCUUUGGGCCCAACAGCCCAGCUACCAGAGAACAACAAGAACAGCUAAUGCGUUCAGGUGGAGGAGGGGGACAAAUCCUUCAUGAUCAACUUUCGGCAGCGGUUCUGCUAGAAAUGCAGCGAUGCGUCCAGAAGAGAUUAGAAAAACAAUGGCUGCCAUUGUUCCUGGCAGAGGAGCAGCACAGAGAGGAGGGAGAAAAAAAGGUAAAGGACAUAACUGAAGAUCUUCCACACCAAAAACAGGACAAGACAACUAGGAUGUGGAAGCAUGUGGACAGUAAGUGGGUUUCUUCAUCUAGUGAAAUAAUUACUUUCCGCAAAGCGCUGUUGAAUCCAGUGACAGCAAAUCAGUUUCAACGCUUUGUGUCACUGAAAGGAGACCUGCUGGUGAAUGGAGUGCUCUUUUGGCAGGAGGUGCAGAAGUAUAAGGACUUGUGUCAUUCUCAUUGUGAUGAUGCCACAGUCCAGAAAAAGAUCACAGCUAUUAUCGACCGCUUUAUUCGUUCUGCCGUUCCCCCAGCUUUGCAGAUUGACAUCCCAACUGAACAGGCAAAAAAGAUUCUGGAGCACAGGAAAGAACUAGGACCAUACAUCUUUAGAGAAGCACAGAUGACUAUUUUUGCUCUUCUGUUUAAAUUUUGGCCAAAAUAUUGUGAGUUUCAAAGCAGUUUGGAUAGUGACAAAGUUCUAUCUGCCUUGGAGAGAAAAAGGAUGCAAAAGAAGGAAGGUAAAACAGCACAGGGUAAAGAAAAAGCACCAACCAGUCAAAAGACUUCGCCUGAGGCAAAACUCGCCGAUCUCUCAAGCAGUGCUUUGGGAGAUCAGACUGGUCUGGAGUGGAAAGGAAAAGCACCACUUGGUGGAUAUGGGUGGCAGGCUUCAUGGUGCUAUUCCAAGUACAUAGAAGCCUUGGAGCAGGAGAGAAUACUACUUAAAAGGGAAGAAGAUCUGGAGAAAAGCUCAUCAUCAUCUCUUACAGGUACCUCAUCUACACCCUUUCCAAAGCUGGAAAACUCCAAACAAUCCACCAUGUCUUCAAAGAGCAGUGUGAUUUUGGAGAAACGCUCAAAUCUCCCCAAGAAAUAG